AUGGGAACGGAGGCCACAGAGCAGGUCUCCUGGGGCCAUUACUCUGGGGAUGAAGAGGAGGCAUACUCGGCUGAGCCGCUGCCAGAGCUUUGCUACAAGGCCGAUGUCCAGGCCUUCAGCCGGGCCUUCCAACCCAGUGUCUCCCUGACCGUGGCUGCGCUGGGUCUGGCCGGCAAUGGCCUGGUCCUGGCCACCCACCUAGCAGCCCGACGCGCAGCGCGCUCCCCCACCUCCGCCCACCUGCUCCAGCUGGCCCUGGCCGACCUCUUGCUGGCCCUGACUCUGCCCUUCGCGGCAGCAGGGGCUCUUCAGGGCUGGAGUCUGGGAAGUGUCACCUGCCGCACCAUCUCUGGCCUCUACUCGGCCUCCUUCCACGCCGGUUUCCUCUUCCUGGCCUGUAUCAGCGCCGACCGCUACGUGGCCAUAGCGCGAGCGCUCCCAGCAGGGCCGCGGCCCUCCACUCCCGGCCGCGCACACUUGGUCUCUGUCAUUGUGUGGCUGCUGUCGCUGCUCCUGGCGCUGCCUGCGCUCCUCUUCAGCCGGGACGGGCAGCGGGAAGGCCAACGACGCUGUCGUCUCAUUUUCCCCGAGGGCCUCACGCAGACGGUGAAGGGGGCGAGCGCCGUGGCGCAGGUGGCCCUGGUCGUGGUGGCUCUGGUGGCGGCCUUCGUGGUGCUGCAGCUGCCCUACAGCCUCGCCCUGCUGCUGGAUACGGCCGAUCUACUGGCUGCGCGCGAGCGGAGCUGCCCUGCCAGCAAACGCAAGGAUGUCGCACUGCUGGUGACCAGCGGCUUGGCCCUCGCCCGCUGCGGCCUCAAUCCAGUGCUCUACGCCUUCCUGGGUCUGCGCUUCCGCCAGGACCUGCGGAGGCUGCUACGGGGUGGGGGAUGCCCCUCAGGGCCUCAUCGCCGCCGUGGCUGCCCCCGCCGGCCCCGCCUUUCUUCCUGCUCAGCUCCCACGGAGACCCACAGUCUCUCCUGGGACAACUAGGGCUGCGAAUCUAGAGGAGGGGGCAGGCUGAGGGUCGUGGGAAAGGGGAGUAGGUGGGGGGACACUGAGAAAGAGACAGGGACCUAAAGGGACUACCUCUGUGCCUUGCCACAUUAAAUCGAUAACAUGGAAAUUAGAUGCAACCCAA